AUGUCUGAAUAUAAAAAAACAUCCUUUGAAAAGGCUUACGAAGUUACAGAUUCUACAGCCCAAACAGCAUCUGCAACAACUACUACAAAUUACCCCCCAGAAUACGAUGCAUUCUCAACAGAUGCUGAAAAGGGUGUCACUCUUAAUAUGACUUCCCCAGAUGGCGUUGCUGUCUCUGGUGAUGUUUCCCAAGGUGAAGUCAAACGUCAACUUAAACAACGCCAUGUUUCUAUGAUUGCUUUAGGUGGUACCAUUGGAACUGGCCUUUUCAUUGGUACUGGAUCUGCCAUUUCAGAUGCUGGCCCCGUUGGAUCUCUUAUUGCUUAUAUCUUUAUGGCAACUGUCGUUUAUUCUUUAGCUCAAUCUAUUGGCGAAAUGGCUACUUUUAUUCCAAUCACUGGCUCUUUUACUGUCUUUUGCUCCCGCUUUGUAUCCCCUGCCCUUGGUGCUUCCAUUGGUUGGCUCUAUUGGUUCUCUUGGGCAAUCACUUUUGCCAUUGAACUUUCUAUUGUAGGACAAGUUAUUGAGUUUUGGACUUUUGCUGUUCCAUUAGCUGCUUGGAUUGGCAUCUUUUUUGUCAUUUUCACUUCGCUCAACUUCUUCCCUGUUAAAAUUUAUGGUGAAAUUGAAUUCUGGGCUGCUUCUAUUAAAGUCAUUGCCGUGGUUGGUUGGCUCAUUUAUGCCCUUUGCAUGGUUUGUGGUGCUGGUAAAACUGGCCCCGUUGGAUUCCGUUACUGGCGUCAUCCUGGUCCUUGGGGUCCUGGUAUCUUGUCUUCAAACAAAAAUACUGCUAGAUUUCUCGGUUGGCUUUCUGCCCUUAUCAAUGCUGCCUUUACUUUCCAAGGAACUGAAUUGGUUGGUAUCACUGCUGGUGAAUCUGCAAACCCUCGCAAGACUGUCCCCCGUGCAAUUAACCGUGUCUUUUUCCGUAUUGUUGUGUUUUUUAUUGGCUCCAUCUUCUUUAUGGGUCUUUUGGUUCCUUAUAAUGACCCUCUUCUUUCAUCUGAUACUUCUUACGUCUCCUCCUCCCCCUUUAUCAUUGCCAUUGUUAACUCUGGUACUAAAGUCUUGGACCACAUUUUCAAUGCUGUCAUUCUUACUACCAUUCUUUCUGCUGGUAACUCUAAUGUUUACAUUGGUUCCCGUCUUUUGUUUGCCCUGGGCUCUUCUGGUGUGGCUCCCAAGUUCUUUACAUGGACUUCAAAAGGUGGUGUCCCCUAUAUUGGCGUUAUCUGUACCGCCUUGAUUGGUCUUCUUGGCUUUUUAUCUGUUUCCGAGGGCUCUACAACUGCUUUUAACUGGCUGGUUAACAUUUCUACCGUUGCAGGUCUUCUUGCUUGGGCUGCCAUUUCCUUUUCCCACAUUCGUUUUAUGAAGGCUCUUGAGUACCAUGGCAUUGACCGUAAAGACUUGCCCUUUACUAUGAAGGGUGGUAAAUGGUAUGCUUGGUAUGCUUGCAUCUCUGUCAUUUGUGUCAUUAUUAUCCAAGGCUUUACUUCCUUUUGGGACUUUAACGCUUCUGACUUUAUGACGGCUUACAUUUCCCUCUUUAUCUUUAUUGCCUUUUACCUUAUUUUCCAAUUUAUCAUUUUUAGAGGCCCUCUGUUGCAUUCACCUGAAAAUAUUGACAUUUUCACCGGCCGCAGAGAAGAAGAACUUGUCAUUAUUGAAAAGGAGAAUAUGAAUCUUUGGGAAAAGAUUCUUGAAUUCCUUUUUUAA